GUAAAGCCCUCCAAAGGCAAAUGGACUUUGUGACUUUGGGCUAUACAAAUAAAAUUUGAUUUGAUUUGAUGUAAGCAUAUAGAUGAAAACUUAUCUUCACUAAAAUCCAUUGUGCUGAAACUGACAUGAAUUUAUGAAUUUAAAGGAACAGUUUCACCAUUUGAGGAAUUCAAUUAUUAAUUUUCCUGCUGAGUUAGGAUACAGUAAAUGAGAUACAGCUCAGCUUAGCACAAAGACUCGAAACAAGGGAACUGCUAACCAAUCCAAAGAUACCAAAAUCUGCCUACCAGCCCAUCAAAGCUUUCUAAUGCAUUGGUAUAUAUUCACCAUACAAACAUGAGUGAUAUAGAGUUCCUCAUGUAACUUUCAGACUAAUGUUGCUGCCAUGACACGUGAAAUAUCAGUCUAGAAACUUGCAGAACCAAGAUUACACAGGGAUAGUGUUUCUGUACUAAAAAUAUUUUUUCUUUGGUAUUUUUUGUCUUCUGUGUCCUCUGUUCCAGAACACAAGAUGACCCUUAAACGGGGCAUUACAGAAGAACUCAGGGUGGGUUUUGAUCUGGAACCGAACUCCUGCAACAUUUACUUCUUCCCAGAAAAAGAAGAUGAAGAACACACUCCAGCCACUGUAGCCCGUCGUGGCAAGCUAUUGGAAACACUUUAUUGCCCAGGGCUAACGCUGCUAUGGCCAUGUGAGCUUGAAAACAACAAUCUUGAAAUGUCAUGCAGCGGGCGCUUUGAGUUCAGAGAUCUGAAUGACAACAAAGCCUUGGUGGUGACAUUGAAAAUGGAGCCACCACCCUUUAAUAAAUCCUACAUUGGUAUUGGUGCUGGUAUUUUCUCCGCUGUACUUUCCUGCUGUUGCUGCUUUAAGCGCACCUGCUGUCGGAGUUCCUCCAAGAAAGACCAAUCAGAGACUCCUAACGAUGAUGAACCUGCUGUGUAUUACCAUGAGUAUGAAAAUGAGCCUGUUGGACCGGGGCCAGAACAACUCAAUCCACCCUCUUAUACUCCGACUGUCCCGCUGAUACACAAUCCUCCUACUAUGGAUGACCCGCCAGCUUUUUCUGAGGUUUACCCUCCAGCACGGCAGGAAGACGUCCCAACUGUCCCUGUUCUCUCUGACCCUGAGCCACAAUUUGAAGUGAAGGGGUUGACCUUUCCCUCUGCCCCACCACUCAGUUCAGAUUCAACUGUCUGCGAUGUCUAUACGUCAGACAAACUCAACUUUCUCUGAAAGCGCACUCAAAUUUGUAGUUUCAACAUUUUCACUGGUUAGUCUCCACUGGUUGCAUGGCCACUGGUCCCAGCCAAGAAAUAGUCCCUUGUGAUGAAAUUUGAAAUAAAAUUUUUAAAUGAAAUUUUGAAAAGAAUUUUUGAGUGUGCCUGUGAGCAUCCUCAUCUUGUUGACCAUUUGAAUCCCUCAACAACUCAAGGAUCACAUGUUCAAAGCCAUACGUGAAAGGGAAGCUUUUAAUAAAAAAAACUUGAGACUUGAGAGUCUCUGCAUUACCUUUUACCUUCUACCGUACCUCGUGUGUCUCUUUUAAAGAGUCUAGUUGAGUGAAUAACUUUCUCUGUCAGGGAUACAACAUUUAUUGCAGACCAGGUUGACUUUUCAGGGAGGACACAAAAAUGAAGCAGCUUUAUCUCUGUAAUAUUUUAUCAUCAUAUAAUAAAAAAAGAACAUUAAAAACAUUAUAUAAAGUCUUCAUUUUGUAUCGGAUGCUUACAUUAUACAAGUUAGUCAAGUGUCAGUUAGGUUAGGCGUAGAAGCCAAUCACAGUUUAGUUGCAUAAUGAAAGCUGUGCAGUGCAAUGUUUAUGAUUUCUUUCAUGUUGGGUUCCUGCUGUAGCUUCCUGGGCUUGUUCAAGACUAAAAAUAAAUAAUAACUUUUGCUUGUACCUUUUAAGCAAAACGUUUGAAUUGACAGAGUUCAAGAAUUUGAAAGAAUGGAGGGAAAAAAAGGUCAUAUUGCUAUGGCUUACUAAUUUCCGACAGCACUUAAACGCCUCACAACUACUUCCAUAAACACAGCCCUGCUCAAUGGGUGGGACCAGACAAAACUACGGCACAUUAUCAACCAAUUGUACAUGCGGUUAAUUGCGUUUUAUUAUUAUGUGUAGUCUACAGCUCAUGCAUCAACCGUGUGCAUUUGUCAAAGUGUGGUUAGUGAAGUGUUGAAGCAUAUCGCACGCUUUACGUAAACUGGUCGACGACUGCUGGACUCACAACACAACACAUGAUGAUACUGUUGCUGUUUUUAGCUUCUUGUGUUUCUGCGGGUGUCUCAUAUAAUAGGGAGUAUGGGAAGGAAUUCAAAAUAAUGCUGGUCAGUGUGGCUCACUACAUCGAGUUCAACCAUAUGGACAGUUCAGACCAGACCUUGAUCGUGUGGAAACGUGAUGACCCCCCAGCCAGAGAGGACAGUAGGCGGAAGGUGGUGGGAAUCUACUUUGUGAUAAAAAAUUUGACCCAGCUUGACAGUGGACUCUACACAGUAAGAGGCAAAAAAGGCCGCAAAAUAUCCACAAAGUCCCUUGUGGUAUCUGAAAUCCGGAGGACCUUUAUACGGGGCGUUAGAGGAAAACUCAGGGUCGGUUUUGAUCUGGAACCGAACUCCUGCAACAUUUACUUCUUCCCAGAAAAAAAACACACUCCAGCCACUGUAGCCCGUCGUGGCAAGCUAUUGGAAACACUUUAUUGCCCAGGGCUAACGCUGUUAUGGCCAUGUGAGCUUCAAAACAACAAUCUUAUAAUGUCAUGCAGCGGGCGCUUUGAGUUCAGAGAUCUGAAUGACAACGAAGCCUUGGUGGUGACACUGAAAAUGAAGCCACCACCCUUUAAUAAAUCCUACAUUGGUAUUGGUGCUGGUAUUGUCUCCGCUGUACUUUCCUGCUGUUGCGCCUGCUGUCGGAUUUUCUUCAAGAAAGACCAAUCAGAGACUCCUAACGAUGAUGAACCUGCUGUGUAUUACUAUGAGUAUGAAAUUGAGCCUGUUGAACCAGGGCCAGAACAACUCAGGCAACCCUCUUAUACUCCGACUGUCCCGCUGAUACACAAUCCUCCUACUACGUAUGACACACCGGCUUUUUCUGAGAUACACAAUCCUCCUACUAUGGCAUUUGACCCGCCAGCUUUUUCUGAGGUUUACCCUCCAGCACGGCAGGAAGACGUCCCAACUGUCCCUGUUCUCUCUGACCCUGAGCCACAAUUUGAAGUGAAGGGGUUGACCUUUCCCUCUGCCCCCCCACUCAGUUCAGAUUCAACUGGCUGCGGUGUUUAUACGUCAGACAAACUCAACUUUCCCAGAAAGCCUUAAAAGUGCACUCAAAUUUGUAGUUUUUCAUUUUGUGAAAUACACUUAUUUACCAGUUAGUUUCCACUGGUUGCCUGGCCACUGGUCCCAGCCAAGAAAUAGUCCCUUGUGUCCCUUGUAAAACAGCAAAUUGAUGUUUUUACGAUUUGUUUUUUUAUGGAUCAAGUCAGUAACAUGUUAAUUAGUGAACUUUAGAGGUGCUCGUCAUCAAAUUUAGUUACCUCUGUACUGAGCCAAGCUAGCUGUUUCCCCCUGUUUCUAGUGUUUAUGCUAAGCUAAGCUAAACAGCUCCUGGCUGUAGCACAUGAAGUGUACCGCACAGACAUUACAGUGGUUCCCAGCAGUGGAUAAGUGUAUUUCCUAACUAUUCAUUUCACAUUAACAACAUUUUUACAUUACAUUUACAUUUUUGACUCCUCACAUAUUGACAAAUCUGUUCUUCCACAUUUCACAAUGUUUCAUUGUGCCAUGUUUUAUAACCUUAUUUUGCAUCCGAAUCAGUCAUAUUUUUAUUUUAGUUUUACUAUGAACAUACAGCCUUCAAAAGCCGCAUGUGUACGAGCAAAUCGUAUCGUGAUCACAGGUUCAAAGUAGUUCUGCACGAUAUGGCCUGUAACCAAUAUCUCGAUAUUUUUAAGCUAUAUCGCGAUACACGAUAUAUAUCUCGAUAUUUUUGUUGUUGUUGUUUUGUACUCUUUUUAUAUCA